CGAUGAGAAGCCGGUAGUAUUGGAGGCUAAGAGCUUGAGAGAGCCUGAGAGCUGUGCCUCUUCUCUAUAGUCAAUUCCCUUGUCUGCACUGGUAUUGAAUUUGUCGGAUCCUAUUCUAUUGGUUUAGACAUACAUCACGUGGUGAUGCAAAUAAUGGUCACAUUUGGGUAUCAAUUCAGUUAUGCAUUGCAAUCGAGAAGUUGUGUCAAUACGUGAAUAUUUGUGUAAAAUGUUAUUAAUGUUUGUGUUUGUGGUACGUCUUUGAAAUACUGAUGGAUCAGUUGGUCGAUCACGAGAAUGGCUUUAUCGGUGAGCCGUCUAUCGAGUGCAUGGCUGAGUUUAUGACAAGUGUGCCAACUUUGCCAACACUGCCUCAUAUGAAUGACUCUUUCCAAACGGCAUCAUCAAUCACCGCCGGCACUGGCACUGGCCCUACAGUCAUGUCACGAGCAGCAGCAGUACAGCACCAACUCAACCAACUAAGCAGCUGUACUUCAGGUACAAACGAAACUGGUGCUGAUUGUACUGUUAGCAACAAUAUCGGUACUGAUAUCGGACAACACUCUCUAUUGGUGUCGUCCACAUCACAGGAGUCACCGAAAAGUAACGAAUAUCCGUGGAUGAAGGAAAAAAAGACAACAAGAAAACAACACAAUUCAGUGGGUGAGAAUGGUAUGCCUCGUAGACUACGGACAGCCUAUACUAAUACCCAACUCUUGGAACUGGAAAAGGAGUUUCAUUUCAACAAAUACUUGUGUCGUCCCCGAAGGAUAGAAAUCGCCGCUUCUCUUGAAUUAACUGAACGACAGGUUAAAGUCUGGUUUCAAAAUCGCCGAAUGAAACACAAGCGACAAUCUAUUUCGGGUAAAAAUGGCGACGAAAAGGGUGGCAAAAGUGGGUCAUGUGGUACUAAUGAUGAGGACAGUAUGGAUAUGGAUGGUAUUAGUGCUGAAGGAGGACACGCCAGUGGAUCGGAAACGGGUCUCGAUUUAGAUAAGUCUGUAUUAAGUCCUAAUGACAGCAAUCAUUCUCAAAGCUCAAGAGAUGAGUCGCUCUUAUGUGAAAAGCCUAAGAUAUCAACACCGCUCUCAUUGAUUGAUCCAAACCCAUGCUGUGCUGAGUCGGCCAACAAUAGGACUAAUGUGACGGCAUCUCCAUCAGUAAUGUCACCGCAUUGUGAAGAUAUUAAAAUAUCGGUGACUAAUGGUUCACAUUUGCUUCAUUCAGCGUUAUCUUCCGUUAAUAGUUCUCCGGCCACUCGAAACCCAUUGGGCUCACCUUCCAGUACCACAAUUAGCCCUAAAGGACACCAAAGUCCUAAUGAACACAUGGUUUGUGCUCCCAUUCAUGUGACUAAAGUGAGGAAUUGGACUCCAGGCACAAGACAACCAUUAAAUACAUUGAAUCCAAUUGAUUGCCAUUCAAACAAAAAUAUAUUAAAUUCUGUGGUCAAUACUAGUGUUAACUCUUCGGCACAUUUAUCAACGCAACAAUCAGCUCAUGGACAGCAAUUGCCAAACAGUCAAAUCUAUUUCAAUCGGUGCCCAACAACAUCUUCAUCAUCACAAAUGUGUUCAUCAACGACAACAGUUUCUUAUGGUGGAAGACGACAAAGAUUUCCUUCACAUGUUGUGACUCAAAAUAGUUUGCGCUCUUCUCCAUCAAACCCAUCUCUGAGUCAAACGACAAACUUUUGUUACCGAACCUCACCGUCAAAUAACUUUGUCAACAAUCGCACGCCAACAACACAACAGAGCACAGCUGUCUCAGCACCGGAACCAUUGACGACAACUAAGUUUUUCUCGUGCGGACAAAACGGAUCGUUAUAUAGCGCGCAACAACAACCACAGCCACAACCGCCACAACAACAGUCAUCACAACUACAACAAAGAACUAAUUAUUUUGCUUCAGAUUAUGAAUGUGAUUACUCUGGAGCCAGAAGUGAACCGCAAACUUAUCCACAGAGACAGUCAUAUGACAACACUUUCAUAGAUAGUGCACAACAACCGCAACAACAAUAUCUAACAAACGGAACGAUAGCCUAUGCAAGUAAUCUAACAUCUCAUACAAACCAUACAAACCAUACCAAUCAUACAAAUCAUACCAAUUAUGCAAACAUUGUCAGCCAUACGACAGACCCCGAGUCUUACCCAAAUGACAGCACAGGUAGAGCACAAAACAAUACAACUGUCUAUACUAAUAGCGCUUACUAUGAAAUGGACGCCAAUUCAAGUGAUCACAAUUCGCAUCGGAUUCCCAGUGAAUACAAUGCAAUUGCUUUGAAACAACAGCCCUAUCAAUACCCGUCUCAAUCACAACCAAACAAUGUCCACAAUCAGCAAUAUUACGAUAUACAGAGCGGUGCCAAUGGCCUAGCAGUGGCCGUCUCACCCAACAUUCCCAAUACUUAUGAACAAACCUAUUGCAACUCAAACAGCAAUAACAGCUCCGAUAUGACGGCCAACUCAUAUAAUAAUUAUAAUAAUAGCAACUAUUAUGACGUUUAUAGCAACUGUACGACAAAUUUAACAAAUAAUAAUGAGUUUAAUUUUAUUAACAUUGCCAAUGAUUUCACAUCACCUGAAUAUUAUCAACUUAGUUGA